GAGAAAGAGGGAGGGAGGGAACACCAACAGACGAGCUUCAGUCUAAACCCGAGCAGGAGAUAGAGCAGCCAACCGCAGCAGGAGAGAGAGAGAUAAAGAGAGAGAGAGAGAGGGAGGACGGAGAGAGAGAGACAGAGGGAGGACGGAGAGAGAGAGACAGAGGGAGGACGGAGAGAGAGAGGGAUGGAGGUGCAGUCGGAGUGUGUUGAGCCGGUCGCCUCGCCUGCCGAGCCCCAGCCCUCUGGGAAGAUCAACAAAGCAGCCUUCAAGCUGUUCGGGAAGCGACGCUCCGGGUCAGGAAUGGCCGGCUUCUUCUCCUUCAGGAACAAAGGGGCGAACGGGAACUCAGUGAACGGGAAUACUGCGGCGGACCUCGUUAGAAGCAAAACGCACGACGGGCUAACGAGCGAGAGAGGGGAGGAGCCGGGGAGCCAGGAGGCUGGGCCGGUGAGGUCACUCAGCAAAUCGCUGAGCUUCUUCUCUCUGCUCCGACGAGGAAGUGGGCGGACCAAUGACAGCGGAGGAUUCGGUAGGAGGGGGAGGGGCUUGAAGGGCUUCUUCAGCAGCAUCCGAUGGAGGAGGAAGGACCGGGCGCUGGAAGGAGGGGUGGAGGUGGCGGAGGGGAGGGAGGCGAGGGAGGGUGACAUCAUCGUUCCGGAGGAGGUGAAGGAUGUCACCCUCACCCUCGAACCUCUGCCACACCCACCCCAGGAGGAUCAUGGGAGCUCGGAGGCGGAGCCAAACUCCCCCGAGACGGAAACUGCUGCCAGCGUCACUGCGACGCCCACGCACCACGUCUCCAUGGCAGUGGCCGCGUCGGACUCCCCCUACACUCCUGAACCCUCCCCCCUCAGGGACCCCCUCCACCCCAAACCGUCCUCGCCCCCCCUGGACCCCCCCUCGGAGCCGUCGGUGGACCGGCUGUGCUCGCUGCUCUUCACAGACGUCACUUCCCUUAAGAGCUUCGAUUCGCUGACGGGCUGCGGUGACAUCAUAGCGGACGCAGAGGAGGAGGGGGGUGGCAAUGGAGGCAGCGCAAGCAGCAGCAGCAGUGGAGGAGGAGCAGGGGGAGGAGCAGGGGGAGGAGCAGGGGGAGGAGCAGGGGGAGGAGCAGGGAGAGGAGGACGAGGAGGGGGGAGAGCUGGGGUUACAUCCAUGGUCCGUGGCUCUCCGGUCAAAGCCCCCCUCUCUCACCACCCCAGCCUCCCCGCCGGCCCCGGCCCGGCCCCCCUCCCCUCCCGGACGCGGCCCCCUGCACGGCCCCCUGCCCAGCAGCCGUCCGGCAGCAGUGUGGUGGCCUACAUGGGCGCCGGGGAGGAGAUGGCUAGCCCAGAUGGGGUGGACGACGCAGACAUGCAGGGGCUCUGGCACAUGCUGCCCUCCACCAGAGACAACUCCCCCGCACUGCCCCGGCCACACCCCACCCCCGGCUCCACCCACCCCCCUCGCCCCAACCCCCCAAACCUGCACCCCGCGCCCACCCGGAGCGUGGAGCGCAGGCCCCCCCAGGUGAAGGCUCUGGGCCUCAGCAGGAUCCCUGUGGUGGGGGCGAAGCCCUCCCUCCCUCACGCCCGUCUCCCUGGCUCGCCCAAUGAGAAGGAGGCCCUCAGCGACGAGGGCUACUGGGACACGCCCACGGCAACGCCCUCAGCCACGCCCGACGACGGAGGGUUGCUAAGGAAUCAAAGGAUCGCCCUGACGCGUGACAGCUGCUCUGGCGACCAACUCUACGACCUCUACAACGACCCGGAAGAGGAAGCGGAGAGGUCGGGGGAGGAAGAGGAUCUGACCAGUACUCCUUCUCCAUCCGCCGGCAAUCCCCUCUCACAGACAUCCCCUCCUUCAUCCUCCUCCUCUUCCUCGUUCCGCUCUAUGAAAGGCAGCGUCAGCCUCCCAAGGGAAUCCAAGAUCCCAGUCAGCCUCAAGCAGAACACACCCCCACACUCCACCAGCCAAUCAGCUCUCUCCUCCGUCCUGGAGGCCAGUCCCCCUCCACCAAAGACCCAGGCUCCACCCCCUGCACGCACCAGGAUACCGGUUUCUAAGGUGCCUAUCCGUCGCUCCGGAAAUCAGCCUGGAAACGCCACUAGAGGAACUGCUCACAGGAAGUAACUAUUCCUGACUUCCUGUUAAUGACCAAGGUGGACUUUGGUGUUGUGGACAAAGAGCUUGUUUAAGAUAUAACCAAUAACUCGUCUAAUUAAAAUUAUAAAUUAUUUUUUAUUCUAAAAGCUCUUCUUCUUUGGUCUUGACUAAAAUGUUUUCCUCGCUAGUUUGGGAAAGUCAUGAAGAAACUCCACAAGGUUCAGGGUGCAGAGGAGGAGGAUCUUACGGAAGUCUUCUCUUGACAAUCAGCCAGAGACUGUGACUUCAGCCAUGGACUGUGACUU